AUGGACCCCAUUCCCUGGAACAUCUUACCCCUGGGCACUGAGAGCCACUGUAGCCCUGCGGUGGCACUAUGGGAGCAAGUGGCAGCAACAGAGAUGGAGGCCUCCCAGGCGAUCCUCAAAGCAAAGCAUCUGCGAGCGGAGGCCCAGAGGGCAGAAUGCGGAAAGAAAGCAGGUCCGUCCGUGGUAGUAGCACCCCCCGUCUUCCAGUCCUGCGAUCUAACAGGCAGCACGGCCCAUGGAAAGCCCCAGCACAUUGCAUGCCUGGGCCUGGAAGCCCCUCCAAACCCUCUUUGUCCCGACCCCGAGGCAGACCCGGAGGAAGACGGCAGCCUGACGUCGGCGUAUGGCGGUGCGUUGGGAGCGUCUGCAGACUUCACUGCCCCAAGUGACGGCCGCCGGCAGUACGGUCUGCGCAGCAGAGAGACUGAUCGCAAGGGGAAAGCGAAGGUCCCUCGGGACGCCCCUUCCUCUUCACAAAAUGUCACCGUCAAUGAGGCGGGCCCCUCCGCAGUACCAACAAACACCCCUGACAACCCCGACCUAGAGCUUUUUGCUAAUCUCCCAGGGACCACGCUCAAGUACGAUGACGUCAUGAGCCGGGUCAUGCCGGCCCACGCCCGCUUCAAGCACGAUCCCAGCCGCCUGGUCCGCAUGACGAGGCGGCGGAAGCCCGCCUUCUCGUAUGCGGCGAAGGUGCUGCAUCUUUCCCCCAAAACGCAGGCGGAUCUCGCCCGCUUCCACGCGUGGCUUCGGAAGCCCCCACCUACGUGGCAAGGGGGGCCAAACUGCAAGGACUCGGCGGUCAAGAUCGUGGAUCGCAUCCGGGGGAUGCUGGGCUGGCUGAGUUACAUUGCGAAGCUCACCAACGUGGCUAACGUCAGGCUGCGGGACUUGGUGCCGUCGGCUGACGUGGGCGGCGCAACGCUGGCUCACGAGCACGUCAGGUGGUUGGCGGACGAGCGGGCGGCCGUCGAGUCGACGCUGCAGUGCGUCUACCGGAGCCUGCUGCACCUCGCCAUGUAUCUGUACCACACGGAAUCCAAUCUACACCCGCUCGGCGGGCAGCCCCCGUACGGCGACGUUGCGGUGAUUGCCGUGCUCCGCAGCCACUCGGGCUUGCUGCAGCGCAAGGCCAAAAAGGCGCCCAAGGUGGCGGACCAGAAGACCAAGCUCGUGGCGUGGCCCGUCAUCGUGGGGGUGCUGCUCAAGGAAUUGCGGGCAUAA